AAAUAUAAUGCCAAAAAAAAAUAUAUGAUAUCUUCCAUACAUUGACCAACAAGGUCUUUAGUUUAGAGAACCUUAUAAAUAGCUUAUUACUACUUGUACAACCCAUAAGGACUUUCUUCAGUAGGCCUACUUGUCCUUGCAAUAUUGUAGAUCAGUCGCCUGUAUAUGUUUCCGGGAGUGCGCAUGACUGAGCGUAUGCUUGUGUGACAGAGGGGGGAGAGGAAGACAGACGAGGGGAGAGUUCUGUUCUUUCACUGCUCCAUCCGGGAACUUUCGAAUUAGCAUUGACAGCCGAAGCGCAACUUUUCCCCAGGCAAAGUGAAAUCAAGCCGCGGACUCGGACAAAAUAUAGUCCCCCUUAUUCAACUCAAAAUAACCUAAAGAAAUACAUAUCUAGCUUUACGACGGAAUGCGUCUUCGCGGUGCUAUUUUUGAAGUGGAUCUGUCCGAGUGCUGAAAUCUUUUCGGUCUCUUUGGAGCACUUUGCUCACUGGCGUAAAGUGAGUGAUGAGUCCUGUACCCAGUAAAGAAGCGAGAACUUGCUUUGCAGACUGAGUAGUUCUUCUUUCGAUUGUUAUUGUCGCUUUUUAAAAAACCUUUAUUAUACGGAAACUUCCCCGCGAUUGAAGCGAAAGUGGAACAAAAGUGCUUUUGAAGUCGGAACAUGGAACUACAAGGCCUGCAAGAGGCGUUGAAAGUAGAAAUCCAAUGUCAUCAGAAACUAGUUGCACAGAUGAAGCAAGACCCACAGGAUGGCGAGCUUAAGAAACAGCUUCACGACAGACAGACACGAAUAACAGCCUUAAGCGAAAAACAAAAGCUGGCUGUAAGAAGUUGUCCUGUGGGGCCGGCCAAGCCUCUUUCCCUCAUCAAGCCGAGCAGUCAGAGCAUAGCCAUCUCCGUGGUGCCGGCGAAGGCUCCCGUUUCCAUGGUGACCGCACACAUUAAUGGACAAAAGGCGGCGAGCUCAGAGCCGCUGCAGACGUCGCCCAUCAACCUCCAAACGGCAAGCAGAGUGAUGGCGAGCAGCGUACACCCCUACAGCCGCAGAGUAGGAGAGCUGCCCCACUCACAGAUGCUGGGAACACUCACUGCUGUGCCCAUUAAGGUGCCUCAGGUCAGCUCUCUACACCGGCUGGCAGGGCAGGCGCCCACAGUGCUACCUCAGGUUAGGCCAAAGACCCUGAUCCCGGACAGCCUCCCGGUGAGCCCGUGCCAGGAGCAGCAGUCCAGCCAGCCCAUGCCCAUGCCCGUGCCGGUGCAGCCACUCAGCCUGACGCGCAGCACGGUCGUGCUCAGCCCCCGCAGCCAGGGCCCCCCCGCCCUGCCCACCGCCAACAGCACCUUCAGCCCAGAGCGCCGGCAGCCCCACGGCCAGCAGGGUGACCGCUCGCCCCUCCCGCAGACCCCCGUCACCCCCGCUGUGCCCACACUGCCUGCCGCUGCCAUCUCGACAGCAGCUGCCAGCGCCAGCCCUGGUGUGGCCUACGCCAUCAUCUCCACGCCGACCGCGGUUGGCAACGGGGUGGCCGCAGUCAGCGAGGCUGUGAAGGUGCAGCCGCUGCUGUUCAGUGCCGACAACAAGGUGAUCAUAAUCCAGCCCCAGGUCCCAAGCGGCUCGCAGGAUUCGCCAGCACCUCAGACCGACAGCCAAUCACAGGAGUCUAGUUCCGCCCCAGCCUCACCAGCCAAGCAGAAGGAAGAAGUGGACCCUGAGAAAAUUGCCUUCAUGGUCUCACUUGGCCUGGUCACUACAGAGCACCUGGAAGAGAUCCAGACCAAGAGGCAGGAGAGGAAGAGGAGAAGCACAGCCAACCCAGCCUACAGUGGCCUGUUCGAGCCCGAGCGCAAGCGCCUCACAUCACAUUACCUGAGCAACCCACUCUUCCUAUCAGCGAGAGACCCAGAGGAUUUGUGCUGGAAGGAUGAGCUGGAGCAUGACGACCACUGCAACGUGUGUAAGGAAGAGGGUGAGCUGCACGAGUGCCACACCUGCCCCCGCGCCUACCACCUCGACUGCCUCCAUCCGCCACUCAAAGCUCCGCCCAAGGGUGUCUGGAUGUGCCCCAAGUGCCAGAAGAAGGUACUGAACAAAGAGAAUAUGGCUUGGCCACACAACUUUGUCCAGUCAUACGUUACACACAAAACAAUGAAAGAGGAGGAAAAGAGGAAGCUGCUGCGGAGGAGCUGUGAGCUGAAGAAAGAGUGCGUUCAUCUUCAGGACCAGGACCAGAGGCUCAGCAGCUCCCUCACAAAGUGCAUAGACCUGAAGGACAGGCUGCUGGGACAGCAGCGAGAGACCCAGGCCUCGCUGGAGCGACUCAAGGCCCUCAUCCGCCUCAUACAGCGAGACCAGGUGAUCCAGGUCACCAUGACGGCCACCACCACCACCACCGCCGGCGCCUCGCUCUUGUCCCUGCCCUGGAUCAAACCCACCAGCAGCAGCGGGGCAAGCUCCCCCUCCGCCGCCACAGCUCCCCCUAUGGGCUCCAGCGCGCUACUGCAGAAGAGCCUGCCUCAGCCUCAAGGCAACAACUGACCAUGCGCAAGUCAUCUGAGAUCACAUGCUAUAAAAACAAUACGCAGAGAGAGUAAACGAGCAAAGAGGUGUUUCUUUUUUUAAAUCACAUGCACACACACACCUAUAACAGAUGCACACUGACACACAGACAGACAGACACAGACACACUCGCGAAGAGUGGUUUUAAGAAACCAUGGAAACACAUUCACAAGAAGGACAUGAUGUGAUAUUACCUUGUGUGGAUUUUUUUUCGAAGGAACUGUUAUGUCAUGAUUAGAAAUCUAAAACUCACAAAAAGAACAAAUAUAUCCUUCACACGAUUCAUAAUAAGUAUUUUUUAAUCCCAACACCUACAGUGCUUAAGAGAUUUUUUUUUUACUUGUUUUUUUUUUUUUAACUAUUAAUUUAUUAUCGUUCUUGGCCUUAAUGUAUUUAUCGACUUUAACAAGUAGAUCACAGUGCCGCCAAGGAUACAUCAAAUAAGUAUUUCCUGCGGCCAGAGGAUUCGUUUUGUUGUUAUUUAAAAAAAAAAGACAGGAAAAAUGACUAAUUGUUCUGCUUCUAGUGGGAGAGAAUAUUAGAGUAGUGUUAGUUAUGAAUAAACCACAAACAUAUGAGAUGGGAGAGGACUGUACAUUGAUAUAUUGGCGUAGAUAUUUGUUCUCAUUCUUCUAUGAACAAUAUUUGCCAUAUGAAUUCAGGUGAAAGGGGACUGGGAGGGAUUGGGGUUGAGGGGUGCUGUUUCCAUUGUGUAUGUACGUACGAUGCAUAUGAGCCUUCAAACAACAACAACAACAACAAAAAACAAAAACUAAAAAAAAAAAAAAAAAAAAACAGAGAAGAAAAAACAGAGAAUAACUUUUUUUCAGUAUUAAUAUAGUCAAAAAGAACAAAGUAUUUAAGAUGACUACAGAAUUUAGCAUUUCUAGUGGAGAAUUUAGUAUUUUCAUGAAGCUGCCUGUUGAUAAAUGAGGAGUUGACGUUUCGGAGGGGAUCAUAAUGUACAUAAUGUUGUACUGUUCAUGCAGGUCCUUUGUUUUCUUCUGUGUUGUUACCGACCUUCACACUCAACCUGAGCUUUCUUUUUCAGUUUUCCAGUUGAAAUGACAUUUUUUUCUUUUUGAAGGGCCAUAGUUUUACCUGUGUGUUUUGUGAUCCUUUCAUUCUCUGAACCCUUCCCCUCUUAUCUCUUCACCAGUAUGGAAAAUAUGCCAAAAACCUUACUUUUUUUGUACUGGAAACUCCUACGAUUCAGCCUUUUGGUUUUGGUAUGUGUCCCAUCCGUGUACCUGUUUUUUUUUUGACCACUUUAAUGCUGUUUGAUUCAAUUCUCAUUAUUUCCCUUGUAUGACUUUCUAACAACUCAGUGUUUUACUGAAAGUGAAACUUGCUUGUAUCAAAAGUGGCAAUUUUCUCUUUUUUUCCUUUUAAAAUCUUUUGUAUUUAUUUUUUAAAAAUCUGCUAGUCAAUACAAAUGAACACUGCCUCAAGAUCAAAAGAGAGUAGAGAAAUCCAGGGUUUCUUUCUUAUGGCAUUUUUUUUCUUUAUUUUAUUUUAAUUUAAAUAUUUUUUUUUAAAGCGAACAAAACAAACAUUGGUCAACUAGAGUUGUAGUUAUGGGUGGGAUAGUUUUGUGUGUCAACUUGUUUGGUCAGUCUUCCGGCUUUGCCCUGGAGAUGCAGGGUUUAACACAGUAUGACCCACUGGCACCAACACCAAAUCCAACUGGAGCGAAGUCCCUUACAUAAACCUUAGGGAAGACUACGUCAGCAGACAUUUUGUCAGCAAACAUCUCCCCUUGGCUAUGUCUUCAUAACCAUAAGGCACACACACACACACACAUACCCGUAAACACACAGGCAAACGACAUAGCGUUCCCUGAGUGAUAUGAACAAGCAAACUCCUCAAAGUCCUAUUCCUAUAGUUCAGGAAUGGCAUAAAAAAACAUCAAAUCAUAUCCAUGAACUAGUCAUACGAAAGACCAAACAGCAGAUUUUCUAUGUCAAAAAUGAAAGCAAGCUACAUUUUUAUUGUUUUAGCUCUUAACCUUGCAUAGACAUGCACUGAUGUUAGAAACAGCACUGAGAUUUACUCCUGGUAUUUCUAAAAAAAAAAAAAAUGCAAUACAGAGGACAAGGCUGAAAUAAAAAUAUCUAUUUGUCAAGGCUUUGUUCUCGAAAGGGGUCACUAAAUCUGGACCUGAAAACAACUUUGUCAUUUGAUUUUGUCAUCACAUACUGUGAAAUUGCAAAGAGACAAAGACUGUAUAUGAGACACUGUUUGUAGCCCCCAGGUCAGUGGCCUGUAAUCAACUUCACUUGUCCCCGUGGCAACAUAGAUAUCAAGCUCCUCAGGAGCAACCUUUUUUGAAGACACUGACAACCCCUAAAUCGAAUCUCAUAACAUUGCCAUUUCUUAAGUCACUUAAGGGCUUUGAAACGUUCAUGUCAUACCAUACAAUUCCUGCCUUUUGUGAUGACAGUGUUUCAAAUGAUCAAAAACACAAUUCCAACUGGGGACAUUGUUUGAUAAUUUAUAUUAUUAUUAUUAUCGCUGCAUAUCUUUUUUUGGUGCAUAUCAUUAUUUUGGCCUUGUGUUCUCUUCCCUGUACUUCCCCUUUUUGACCUCUUUGACCCGUUACCCACACCACAGCAUAACGAGAUACCGACAUACUUACUAAAAAAAAAAAAAAAAGUCGUAGGCUGA